AAUGGUGGGAGCAGCCGCAAUACUCACUGACUAUAAACAUGAAAUUCUGCCAAACAAAGAGCGACGGAAAGCAUCCCAACCCAAAAGACUGUUCAAAAUACUAUACCUGCAGUAAUGGAAUUACGACUCCUGAACGUUGUGCUAGUGGAUUACAUUACAUUCCUAUCUAUGAAGCAUGCCAAGCACCAGUAGAUGGCUAUUGCAUAGGUGGUAAACCAUCGAUUCCAACGCCAGGACCACCGGUGUUUGUUCCAAGCUGUCAUCGAACUUUGUUCUUCCGAACAAAUCCAGAAUCUGGCAAAGCCCUUCUGAACCACAUCAUAGCAAACUUGACGAUCACGAAGAAGUCCGACUGUCGCUCGAAUUGUUUCGUAAACAACGACUGCGUGUCGUACAACGUCGGGGAAUCUUCGCCAGGCGCCGGCGGGAUAGUAUGUCAAUUGAACGACGCCGAUCGCUUCCAGAAUCCGCAGGACUUUAAAAAUGUAUCUGGAUUUUGCUAUCAGGGAAUAAAAAGUGCCUGUCACCCUAAUGCUUGCCACGAGAAUGCCAAAUGCCAGCAUGGUUUUGGUGAGAAAAAUUACCGAUGUAUUUGUCCGCCUGGAAUACAAGGAGAUGAAUGUCGGGAAGAUAUUGAUGAAUGUAAAACCAAAAAGCAUAACUGCAGUGCUACUGGAGGUCAAUGCAAUAAUAACUAUGGAUCGUUCAACUGUUCUUGUCAGGAUGGUUUUCUUGGAGAUGGGUAUAUCUGCAAUGAUAUAGAUGAGUGCAGGACUAUUGGAUGCCAUAAAGAAGCUACUUGUCAAAAUGCUCCUGGUACGUUCAAUUGCUCCUGUAAUCCAGGAUUUACAGGAGAUGGCCAAAAUUGCACAGAUAUUGAUGAGUGCAGUUUAAAGAACGAUUGUCCUACAACAUUUGGCGAAUUACAUUGUACCAACAGUCCUGGGAGUUAUAAAUGCCAAUGCAAGCCAGGAUUCUCCUCUUUACCAAAAUGUGAUCAAGAGACUCGACGUGAGGUAGAGGCUAUUUAUAACGGUAGUCAAGUAUGUAUCGGAGCAAAAGAUGACCAAUAUGGAGAAUUUCAAAUACCCGAAACAGGCAUUAUAAUAUCUUUUAAGUUAACUUAUAAAUCUGGUGUCGGCAUUGCAACUCAUUCUUCAUAUCCUAAGGGUUAUUGGGGACCAAAAAGACAAAACGAUGAUGAAAAAAUUUUCAUCAUUGUCACAGACGCCGAUCGAAAUAUAAUUGCACCUUCCGUAGAGUAUGAUAAGUGGACGGAUAAGAGAAGCAAGGAAAGUUAUACAAUAGAAUAUGUGCACGUUAAAACACCUGUACUUGAAAUGCCAGAAACUUCAAUUCCAAGGCUUACUURCAAAAAGGGCACCAAGUUUCAAAUCUGGUGUGGGGAGGAUUUGUCUACUCGAAGCGGUGAAAACGAUAACGUUGGCGAGACUUGCAUGCAGGUCGACGUUGUUUACCGUAAAGUAAACUGAAAUAACAAGGCCUUAUGCACCUCCUGGCGCGAAGAGAAAUGAUGAAACUGAAAAGAGCUUGUUCUACCGGCAUUCAAAAUGCGGUCGUUUUUUUUAUUUUUAUUUUUUUUUCAUAUAAAAUGAGUUGACCUCAAAUAUCCAUUCGCAAUCAAUUUUCAUCCGUCAUUUUUAAUAUCGAAUCUUACAAUAUAGUUCAUUCCUAUAGCAUAAAGAGGUAAAAAAGAGCAAGGUUUUGCUCAUAUUACGAUGCAUUUUAUUAUUUUCAAACAUAAACUAAAGCUCGAAAGGGACGCCGGCGGUACAUAGUCCUUUUUCUAGAUGUGUCCUUUUUCUAAAGUGAAAGAAUCACACGAAAGGCCUGGUCUCGUGGACUAUUGCUCUUUACAAGGAUACAGUAUAUUAAGUCUAGUGAAACCGAGGACAUGUUGAGAAAUUAUUGUGAAUAACUUCAAAUUAAUAAUUAAUAAUUGUCAUCUAUCAUUUUCCACUAUUGUUUUUGGAUUAGACUUAAUUAUAUACCCACAAUCGAAAUAUAGCACUCACUCACACGCACAAUUCAGCUGAAUUCAAAUGAGAAAUGUCAGUUUAGUGAUUGAAGAUCAUGCACUUUUGUUUGGGGAUCCAGAGUCAGAAAAGUUGAUUAUAAUUUAUUGUAAAAAGUUGAUUAGAAUUUAUUGUAAAUUAUUCAGUUUGUAGGCAAAAUGUCCUUUUACAAACUU